AGAGUGAGGGAGCGUCGCGAAAGUUGACGGUUUAGGGACUCUUCUCUUCGGUUCUCCAAAGGGGAGAAUGGGUGAAAUAUUUGCACUAAAAAUAACACAAGCCGAACUUCUCAUUUUCCAAGAAACCUCCCCUGCCGAAGCUUGGAAGUGCUUGGGAACCGUCCCUCCUUGACCUUUAAGUGAGAAGCAGGUAAAUGGUCUCUUAGUCCCAGUCAGGUCUCCGCCUAUCUUGAUGGUCCGCCCCCUCUGCCGGAACCUGAGCGCCGAUUGGCUAGGAACAUUUGAGCGGCGGAAGCAGCUGGCUUGCGCGGGGACUGAGGGGAGGGGGAGAGCUGUGAAGAUGGCGGCAGUGUUGGAUGUGGAGGUUGGAGGGGGUGCUGCCGGGGAACGGGAGCUGGAUGAGGGUCGAGCAUGCACGCAUGCACGCCAAGCACCGUGGCCAUGAAGCCAUGCAUGCUGAAAUGGUCCUCAUCCUCAUCGCUACUUUGGUGGUGGCCCAGCUGCUCCUGGUGCAGUGGAAGCAGAGGCAUCCCCGCUCCUACAAUAUGGUGACCCUCUUUCAGAUGUGGGUUGUUCCCCUCUAUUUCACAGUGAAGCUGCACUGGUGGAGGUUCCUAGUGAUCUGGAUCUUGUUCUCUGCUGUCACUGCCUUUGUCACCUUCCGAGCUACCCGGAAACCACUAGUACAGACAACCCCAAGGUUGGUUUAUAAGUGGUUCCUGCUGAUCUAUAAAAUCAGCUAUGCCACUGGCAUCGUUGGCUACAUGGCUGUCAUGUUUACCCUCUUUGGUCUUAACUUAUUGUUCAAGAUCAAACCGGAAGAUGCCAUGGACUUUGGCAUUUCUCUCCUCUUCUAUGGCCUCUACUAUGGCGUUCUGGAGCGGGACUUUGCAGAAAUGUGUGCAGACUACAUGGCGUCUACCAUCGGGUUCUACAGCGAGUCGGGCAUGCCUACCAAGCACCUGUCGGACAGCGUGUGUGCCGUGUGCGGGCAGCAGAUCUUCGUGGAUGUCAGUGAAGAGGGCAUCAUCGAGAACACAUACAGGCUGUCCUGCAAUCACGUAUUCCACGAGUUCUGCAUCCGCGGCUGGUGCAUUGUGGGAAAGAAGCAGACGUGUCCCUACUGCAAAGAGAAGGUAGACCUCAAGAGGAUGUUCAGCAACCCCUGGGAGAGGCCUCACGUCAUGUACGGGCAACUGCUGGACUGGCUUCGGUACUUGGUAGCCUGGCAGCCUGUCAUCAUUGGCCUGGUGCAAGGCAUCAACUACAUCCUGGGCCUGGAAUAGCUGGGCAGAAGAGCAUCCACCCACCUUGGACCUCAGGGCACUCUCCUCCUGCCCUUCAAGAUCUCCUGGGUGGGAAAGACUCAAAGGGGCACUUGGGCCACUCAGGACCCCCCUGGCUGUGUCCAGGUGGGGAGGGAUAUGAUGGCAAGCUAGCCAGUGGGGCUGUCAGCAGUGGGGGCUUUUUAAAAGAAAACUAUUUUGAUGAAUAUAUUUAAAAACCUUUUUUAUUGUGGAGCAUAGGAAUUGCCCCAACUCCUCCAGGCUUCGCCCUCCCUGCUUGAGCAGGGCAGGAGCAGAGCCACACCUUUUUUGGUUUAAAGGAGCCUUCUCACCCCUGGCUGGGGGCCUCAGCCCACCCCCUCCCGUUUCCUCCCUCUGUGGGGCACAUGCCUGUUGCGCUCAGUGAGGACGAGCUGAAGCACUCGACUGGCGCCACAGAUGGGCACUGAGGAGUGAGUGGUGUCCCGCCUCCCAUCUGGAACAUGGGAUAUUUUGUCUGACUCUGUCUUCCCCUGUCCAGGAGCCGUGGGCUGGUUCAGGGAAGUGGAACCCUGUGGCUUUUCCAGCAAGGGAAGCCUUGGGACCUCAGAUUGCAUUGAGGAUUUGUUUGGGGGCAGCCAGAAGCAGCAGGAGCCUGGGUGACUGAUCCCAGGAACGCUGCCAGCAGCAGUGAUGAGGGCCCCGUGAGCCCGGAAGUGGUGACAUGUGCCAAAGGCCCCGUCACUUCCUUCCUGAAAGCCCGAGUGAAGCUGUAUGCGUGCAUCUGUGUGUGUCCGCGCAGUCCCUGUGACAAAUGGGAGACUGCGCCAUUAUCGGUGUUUCCCUGAGGCUGGCAUGGGAUUUCCAGCCCAGGGAAUGUCCAUACGUCAGUCAGCCUCGUGGGUUCAUGGGUCCUGCCUGGGCCUGGCGGGUGGGGGAGGGGGAGGCCCAGGGGAGGGAGGCCUCAGCCCUGGUCCUAGGAGUUUUGAAGGAAGUAGCAGGGCAAACAUGGCCUUGCUGCACCGGGCUCCUAGGGAAUAUGGCCCAGCUGGGCCUGCCCCUUCAAGGGCAGCAAGAACCAAGCUGGACCUUGUCACUCCAUUCUGAAUAAAGCUCCAUGAGCUGGGUUGGAAAGCUGAA